CGUGAGGCGUGUUGCUGCUGGACAAGGACAUUGGGAGAUAGAAUGACAUUUGUGUAACGUUUGAUAACUUCCAAUUUCGUAACAUUACGUGGGAAAUCAAAAGUAAAACACCUGACUUGGAGGAUUAUCAUCUCACUAUCUGGUCAUUGCCAAACUGACUCAUCGCAAUUUCGAUCCAAUUCGCUUCUGACACAGGUUUCUUAUUUGGGAUCGAGGGGGGACCAAGAAGAUAAAGAGCUGGUCCUUCCUUGGGGUGGCUGUGGCAUGGUGGUCUGGUGACUGUCUGGGGUGUCCCCUGCCCCUGGUGACUGGGGUUACACCCUACCCCCUGUCGUGAAUGGCUGCGUGUAGAGGGGGCCUCACCUUGUGGGUGGGGGGUGUGAGGAGCCAUAGCAACAGGCAACCAGUCAAGCAACAGUGCUGGAGACUUGCUCAGGCGCUGGAUGUGCAGUGGAGUGGACAGAUUCGGUCUCUCAGCAGCGCGUCAUGGGCCCUGGUUCCCCCCAACAGUCUGAGGUAUCAGAAGAUCAAGCAGCCGGCCCUGUCACACCCCUUCCACCAUGCCAGCCAGGGCCAACCCCGCAGCCGGAGGCCCCUGGGCCUGGAUGAGGACUGGGAAGAGACUGUCAGCCUGUGUGUGCUGGUGCGGCCCGUCCCUGGGGAGUGUGAUGACCAGCACACCCUGGUGGAGGUGCCUCUGUUUGGGCAUACUAAACUAGGCGAGCUCCUGGCUCCGGGAGGACUCAGUAGGCCUGUGGAGUUCCUCUUCCCCAUGACCACUGUGGACGGGAGCCGAGAGGACGACAUCAGCAUUGGGACGACAAAGGUUCAGGCGGGUUCCAAGACGAUGAACGAGGGAGAGACUGAAAAGAGGGAGAGAGGAUCGUUCCGAAGCCUGUUUGAGGCAGAAGGAUGUCCCGCUCCAUUUAUGUAUGGAUCCAGGUUUUACUGCUUCCACUGUCCUGGGAUGGAGCCGUUACCUGGUUACGGGGACAAAUCGGGCCAUAUGAUUGGACUAGAGAAAGAGUUGUCGCUGUUGCUCCACACCUCUCUGAAUAGUAGCUACUCAGAGAGAGAGACAGUGGAGGGGGGUCACAGCGAUAGAGGGAGGGAGGAUGAGGAGAAACUGGCCUUGAUGUAUGAAAAGCUGAGGAUUGAGCUUUCUAGUUUCUUUGUGAAGAGUCAUGACUACACCAUGUACACAAAUGAUAUCGAGUUCGUCAACUGUAUUCUAAAUGCCAAGACCAGGGGCAGAGUUCUGUACCAGCUGAGCCUGUCUCUGUGGAGGCUGCUGUGUCUCUGUUACUAUGCUGAGGCCCGGUUAGAGGUACUGAAACUGACUAAGCACCCAGAGGAUGGGACCAUCAAGGCCAGGUGGAGGGUCAGAGGACUGCCCUUCCUCUCUCUGCUGCUGAGAUUCUACCGCAAGGACAAAACUGACCUCUACAGGUCAUAUGAUGCAUUCUCUACCUUCUACCUUGGCCAUGAUGGACUCAUACACUGUCACAAAGUGGAAAAAGUGAUGAAGGCCCAGCCACCUAUCUUGCCCAGGGUGACCACUCUGUUAGCGGGGGCCCUUGUGGCCCUGGGGGUCCAGGAGCACCGGCCAGCCCUCAACCUCCUGCCCCCCCUGCUUUCCUCCCUCCGACAGGGCCGAGACUGAGAGAGACAGAGAGAAAGGAGGCUCUGGAGAAAGGAGCAUGUGUGUACCAUGAGAGGAGUAACGGAGAGAGAGAGGGAAACAUGCAAUCAAUGUUGUCGAGAAGAAAACAUGUUUAUCCCUGAUCACCUGUACAAUCCCCCCCUAUUGUACGCCUGCUCUAAAACAUUAUUAUAAAAAAAUAUAUAUUACUUUCCAAAACCGUUCUCUCUCUGGACUCCCACAGCAAUAGAAUAGCCGCUACUAUUUUAGUUUAUAUGCAAUCCAGAACUUCAGUUUAUCCAAUAAGUCGAGUUGGUACCUUGAUCAAUACCUUGUUAACGCACAAACAAAUGAUCGCACAGCACUGAGUGACUGCUUGUGUGAUGUUGACCCGCUCUCUGGGCCUAUACCCUCCCACUGUACAUAGCCUGCUGCUCAUAAAAGCGUCUGCUAAAUGGCAUAUAUUAUUGGACAAACCUAUUUUCACUGCAUUACACAAAGACACUGUUAAAUGCACAAAAAAAAGAAAGAAGCAAUGUUAAAAAAUAAUGAAUGCCCGAUUAGUAUUAAAGUUAAAUUGAUUAAAUAUU